GGUCGCGAAGACGUGGGGACGGACGCAGGCGGGCCGUAGAGAGCUGUAAUGGCCUGAGUUCUUCUUGAACAUUUAAACUGAAAAUCAAGAUCUGUAUCACCGAGGUUCAGCUGCCUGUAUAUCUUCCCAGAUUCCCAGAACCUGACCGCAUCUUCGCAUCCCUGGCUUGACACCUAACCAUGCAGCGGAGAUCAAGAGGAGUUAAUAUUGGGCUGCUCUUGCUCCUUUCUCAGAUCAUCCAUGUUGGUGUCAACAAUAUUCCACCUGUCACCCUGGCAACUUUGGCCCUCAACAUCUGGUUAUUCUUGAAUCCUCUGAAACCGCUGUUGAGCGCCUGCCUUAGCGUGGAGAAAUGUUACCAGCAGAAAGACUGGCAGCGCCUCCUGCUUUCCCCUCUUCACCACGCGGAUGAUUGGCAUUUGUAUUUCAACAUGGCGUCCAUGCUAUGGAAAGGAAUCAAGUUGGAAAGAAGACUGGGAAGUAAAUGGUUUGCCUACAUCAUUGCCACAUUCUCCCUACUCACUGGGGUGGUGUACUUGCUCUUGGAAUUUGCUCUGGCGGAAUUUAUGAAUGAACCUAACUUAAAAAGGAACUGUGCUGUAGGUUUCUCAGGAGUUCUGUUUGCUUUGAAAGUUCUUAACAACCACUAUUGCCCCGGAGGCUUUGUCAGCGUUUUGGGCUUUCCUGUACCCAACAGGUUUGCCUGUUGGGCAGAACUUCUGGCUAUCCACUUCCUCUCACCAGGGACUUCCUUCGCCGGGCAUCUGGCCGGGAUUCUUGUUGGACUCAUGUACACUUGUGGGCCUCUGAAGAAGAUCAUGAAAACCUGUGCAGGCAUUUUUCCCUCCAAUACUGGUUACCCGAGACAGCAAUACUACUUUAAUAACACAGGCUAUUCUGGAUAUCAGGGUUACUUCCCGUAUGGCGGGCCGGAGUACUAUGAUGUACCCAGGAACUACGACAUGUACACAGCAGGACUGAGUGAAGAGGAGCAGCUGGAGAGAGCGCUGAGAGCUAGCCUCUCGGACCCAGGGAGCGGCAGAAGCAGCCCUCCGCCCUAUGGGUUCCGUCUCUCACCAGAAGAAGAAAUGAGGAGAAGGCGGCUUCACAGAUUUGACAGCCAGCGAGGUGGCCCAGCCUCGUGAGCAGAUGUGGUCCAGUUGUGUCAUCAUGGCCCUGAAGCCCCCACUUAGUUUUAAACAAAGGCAGGGGCCACCGCGACCUUCCCAGGUGGCUCACGUCUUCCGCGGCCCGUCAUCCUCUGGCUACUGUGAGUCUAGAUUCACAAACAGGUGGUUUGUGUCUUGAAACCAGGCUCGUUGGAUCCAGCUCACAGCUCCCUGGGAGUGGCCCUCCUCCUGCCUUGUUCCCUCUCGCAGACAGAAGGUCAGCCUCUCCGUGUCGGGUUGGGUUCCGCACUCCUUUCUCUCACUGCCAGCUCAGCGAUGCCCCUGCCGUGUGGGUCUCUGACGACCACGACCUCCACAGGGAGGCUUGUGUUCACCAGCCCGGCAGAGCAGGGCCCCUUUCUGCUCAGUGCUUGACUUGGCAGGACGCUGGGAGCCAUCCCUGGUCCUCUGGGCACGUUGCCAUGGUGACCUUCCAGGCACAAGAUGUGGCUUCCAUCCCAGGAUGUUGUUCUGGUCUCCCUUGGCUCGGCCCCCGGGGCCCCACGUCUGGGCGGUGUCUGCAGUGAACCUGCUUGGCUCUUACGUUGCUCUGCCGUCCCAGGGUGUUUUCCUGGAAAAACCUGAGUAAGACCUCGGAUGGGAGACCACCCACUCACUCCACAACGUAUCAGGGGGCACCAACAAUUUGGGCUCACAGCAGCCUCUCCAGUGACAACAUCUGUUCCCAGAGAUGGGACUCGUGUUGAACGAAUCAGCAAAGCAGCCGCAGGUGCCCCGUGCAGAGGAGAGCGACCAGCGGGUUGGUCACUGCGAAAUCCCUCCUGAGGAAGUAUUUUUUUCUCAUAAAAGUGCCUUUUAAUUGACCACUGUACCAGCCAUUUGUCCUGCACAAGCACCCAAGACACUCCCCUAACCUACGGACUCCAAGUCACUCAAGGUGUUUCCUGGUGCUUGUGUUUUAUGAAUAAAAGGGAAAAGUCAAAUAUCACCAAUGUCUUAUUCACUGAGAUAUUUAUGUUUAAAGAGAGUUUGAUCCAGAAAAGGAUCUUCCUAUUUGGAUUGAUCUAGCAUUUGUAUCAUUUUCUGAUUAUGAAAGUAAUAUAUGUACCUUGUUAUAUACACAAAUCAAACAUCUGGAAGGAAAUAUACCCACGUGUUAACAGGUGUUAUUUUGGAAGGUAGAGUAUGUAGGAUUUUGCUUUCCAUUUUUGACAAUUUUAUACUGCUCUCUUUUUUAAAAAAUUGUGUGUGUGUAUUUGUAUUUGUAUUACUUUUGCAAUGGGAAAACCAGUUUAUAUAAAAAGAAGAAAAAUAUCAUCAGGAAAAUGGACUUAAUAAGUGUUGUGUCUCCAUCACAGUAUAAGCAGAAAUACAAAAAAAUACAUGGACAGUGUAAAAAUCACCUGUAUCCCCACCACUCCGAGGUACCCAAGGUUAACAUUUGGCGAGUACUGCUUUCUUAGUCCUCUUUGCAUACAUUUGACAAAUUCAGACACACCAACUGUGCAGCUUUACAUCCUGGUCCUGAUCGGAAUUGAUCCCGGAGAGGCUUCGCCUCUUGCAUGUAAAUGAGCUAAGAAAAUCACCUGACCUGGGAGCACUUUGACCUGCCGGCUGGCACGGUGAUACCUGAGCUGUUCUGGUUAAUUUGUAAUCGAUAUAAAGCUACAUUCAGCAUAUUUAUAGUGUCAGUCAUACCUCUGCGUCUUGUCCCUUCAAACGUGUUGAAAUUUAUCUGUUCAAGCUAAAUGUCAUUCCCCUUUCUCCCAAAGCCUUCAACUUUGACUUCCAUUACCUCUGUUGGGGGUGACCUCAUUUUCACACGCCAUCUUCUCAUAGCACCUUGGAAAGGUGAUUCUGCUAUAACACUUAGAUCUCCCCGUUAUUAUUUGCGCACAACUAGAGAAAGACGUGCCUUCUGCACAGGAGCACGGAUUGUGAAUGGCUCUGGGACGAGGCUUGUAUCUUGUUAACUACACUUUCCACCCUGCUCUCUCAAAGAUUGGCUCCUGGCUUCUGGUAAGGGAUUAUUAAAUGUUAGUUUCUCAUCAAAGUGUUUUUUUUCCAACACAUUAAAAGUCCAGCCACUGUAUAUAGAAGUAUAUGUUUUUUACUGCUGUUGAGUCCAAUCAUAGUAGCUCCUGGCUUUACUUGUCAGAUAUGAAGAUGCUGGAAUUGGAUUUUGGAUGAUGUAACUGUAAUAAUGUACACCUUCUUUAUUUAUGGAGUGUGACAUCAAACUCUACACAUGUGGGAAAGGUCAUUUUAGUUAUAAAUACAAACCAGUUACCUUAGCACAAUGAAGGUGUGCUAACUCCCACAACAAUGAACAUGUUCUGGGAAUUACUGUAACGACUUUAUUCAGUUAAUAGGUUUGCCUGUAACCAAUGCUUAUUAUUUUCAAUUUCUGUCUUUUUUUUUUUCCCCUACAAUAAGGAGUCUUCAAAGUUUUGCCGGAAAACUGGAAUUGGGUUCAGAAAAACAAAACGAAAGCCAGUGUAUUUGACUAAUUAUCUCAAAUAGGGAACAGGCAUUUAGGGCUGGUUUUAAAUUUGGUUUCUUGGCUUAAUAGUAAUUUGCCGAUUGUUACACAGCUCGUUCCCAUACUGUGGUUGUGGUCAGUCACCUUAUGAGAUCCCUUAACUCAGAAUCUUUCCUUGGUUCCCAAGAUGAGGGGGCGGUUAAAACUGCUUCUGCUUCAUGACCUUGAAUGUAUUUAUUGCCUGUGGUCCCAGAGUGGUACAUGAUUGUUCAAGGCUUCUCCGUCCUUGAAGCUUCCUGCUGCGGAGGCUCAGACAGUAAAUGGCUGGUUUUUGUAGGAUUGGGUUCAGUCUACGCAUUUGACACACAUUCUGCUGCCUGAGAAGUGAGCUGGAGGGAUGAGAGCCACCGCCCACAAAGGACAGCAAAACAGGGAGAGAGUGGCAGAGGCUCCUCCUUCCCAGUCCUCGUUUCCCUCGAGAGAUUCAGUAAAGACUUGUAGUCAGUUAGUCAUUUAAAAAAACAAAACAAGAAAACCUGUCUUCCUUCCCCUUCCCAUGGAUCAUUGCAGUCAUUUCCUUUUUUUUUUUCCCCUGGUCUUUCAUUUUAGAAUCACAGAUUCUGCUUAGAAGGACCUUAAAAUCUCUCGGUUCACUGCUCUGCUCAAUACUUAAAAUGCCUCUUCACCCAGUUCUGGAUAGCUCUGCCACUUCGUCUUCCAGAUGUACUUUUGAGAUGCCGCUCACCGUCUCGGUACCUUUUACCGUCUCUCAAGUUGCCGACGGAUGAAGGUCCGACUCCUUAGCCUCAACCCUGGGGCUCCAGCCAGCCUCCCGACCUGAGAAGACCUGUGACUGUAACAGAGUCUGUGCUUCUGCUAACUGGGCUCAUCGUCCAAGCUGUGGGUUUCCUGAUCCUGUGACUUAAAUGAAACAGCCUUUUCCUCUCUCUCGGCCCAUCCAGACCCUCCCCGUCCUGCCCCCAGACGCCUCAGCCCAGAGCUCUCAGCUCUUGUGGCCCACUUAGACUUGCUGGUUAUCCGGCAAGGGGAGGGGGGGCUUUCUCUCUAGAUUGUAAGCUUCACGAGGGCAGGGACCACGACUGUGUUUCUGUACAUCUCUUCAUAGUACCUUGAACAAUGCUUUGGAAUGUCUGGAACGUCAAAACCAAUAAACACGUGUGCACUGAAA